CAGCAGCCCUGUGUUCAGGUUGAGGAGAGACGCCAUGGGAAGAAGACCGGCUAGGUGUUACCGUCAGAUCAAGGGUAAGCCAUACCCUAAAUCUCGCUACUGCCGUGGUGUCCCCGACCCCAAAAUCAGGAUCUACGAUGUCGGCAUGAAGAAGAAAGGUGUUGACGAGUUCCCUUUCUGUGUCCACUUGGUCUCAUGGGAGAAGGAGAACGUCUCCAGCGAAGCUCUCGAAGCUGCACGUAUCGCUUGCAACAAGUAUAUGGUGAAAUCCGCUGGAAAAGAUGCUUUCCACCUGAGGAUUAGGGUUCAUCCGUUCCAUGUUUUGAGGAUCAACAAGAUGCUUUCGUGUGCUGGAGCUGAUAGGCUUCAGACUGGUAUGAGAGGUGCUUUUGGAAAGGCUUUGGGGACUUGUGCUCGUGUUGCGAUUGGUCAGGUGCUUUUGUCUGUGAGGUGUAAGGAUGCUCAUGGUCAUCAUGCUCAGGAGGCUUUGAGGAGGGCUAAGUUUAAGUUCCCUGGUCGUCAAAAGAUUAUCGUCAGCAGGAAAUGGGGUUUCACGAAGUUUAACAGAGCAGACUUCACGAAGUUGAGGCAAGAGAAGCGUGUUGUUCCUGAUGGUGUUAAUGCUAAGUUCCUCUCAUGCCAUGGACCUUUGGCUAACCGUCAGCCCGGAAGUGCAUUUUUGCCAGCAACCUAUUGAAGUUUUAGAACUGUCGUCUCUCCUCUGAAGAAUUAUAUUCAGUCUGAAACUUCGUUAUAAUCUUUAAAUUUUAGUUGGAUACAUUCAGUAUUCUGAAUCUUUAUGAAAUGGUAUUACUUUGGCCAAUUUCCUUUUGCAAGUUUUUUUUUUACUUUUGAUCCAUAAUUACCUCAGAACAAAUGAAAUCAAAGAAUUUGAGGACUAAAAUUGGUCAAAUAAGC